GAGAUAUAUUUAUAUCGAAUUGUCGCUCUUUUCUUGCAGACAGAUCCGCUUGUUUGAGAGUGCCGUAGUCAACCCUCCCUUGGGAUCAUCAGUAUUAAUACAACGCCCACAUUGGAUUGGCCUUCCAAAUAGUGAAUUACAGUAAAUCAUCAUGCCGGACAAAAGGAAAAGUGACCGAAUGUCUGCCCAUGGCAACCAGAAGAAGCUCAAAACUACAGAAGAUAACACCGAAGUUCUAGCCUACGAGCCUGUGCAUUUCAUUCGUUCUCACAGCAAGAACAAUGAUCCAGCAGAUAUUCAAACUCAGAUUUGGGAAGUCGUGUUCGAGCCAGACCCAGUUAAUCCAGAAAAAACGACCUCAUUGGUGGCCACAUGUGGUGGAAACUCCAUCUGCAUCAUUGAUGUGAAUGCAGGCACAGUGCUCAUGAAAUACAAACACAAGGACCUGAAGGAAAACUUUUACACGCUUGCAUGGACGACUCUGACAUUGGGUGAAGAGAAGACCAAUAUUCUCGUAUCGGGAGGGAUUCGUGGUGAAAUCCGAAUGUUUCAUCCCAAGCAUCGGGUGUGCUUCCACGAAUGGCGUCCAGUUGAUAAGAAAUCCAUCGCCGUCAAUUCCCUCGUUUUCCAUUCCGAAAAGCCCACGUGGCUCUUUUGUGGAACUAGUGACGGGUACGUGACGCUCUGGGAUGUAAGUUACCCUACCUUGCCCUCUUACGACGGCGUGAAUCCGGUCCAAUUACUCCGCUUGUUUCCGGACUACGGGGAUGUGUACAAUAUCGCCUGGACGGGUAGCAAUCGUUGGCUCCUCGCGGGAACUGCUGCUGGUCUCGUUGGGUGGAACAUUGAAGACGACAAAGUCAUUAACUCGAACAAACAAUACAAACCCAAGAUGGUGGAUUUCAUUAUGCCUGAGAGCAAACGUGAUGAAGGUGAGAAUCCCAUCGUUGAUUCAUUGGCCGUGGCGUCCGAAUGGAACAUUGUGAGCAAGUGUGCCUUACAUGGACUCAUCUAUGUUUGGGAUCUCAAGGCCACUAUCGAGGGUAUCAAGAAAGAAGACCUCAAGACUGACACGAGUGAUGCAAAUACGGACGGAGCUGAGGACAAAGCCGUGAUCGAACAAGACGUCACCAUGUUGGCUCGUUUGCGAUGGUCAGACACCGACAAUUUCUACAUGAACUUGGGCUGUCACAAAGGUAAAGGCUUGAUUUGUUGCGGUGAUGACAAAGGCUCAUUAUGGUUGUACAACCAACCGCAAUUUGGCAAGGACGGAGCCACCGCCAUCAAAGACACGGUUGAAAAUUCUGCCCGACUUAGUUGGCCCGAGUUGCAAGACGACCACUUGGAGAACACUCGAAAGGUUCCACUCGAUCGCCACGAUAUCAUCAUCGACAAAGUGGCCGCUUCCCACGACAACAACCACAUCGUGGCCGUGACUUCGAAUAAUAUGGUGUGUAUUUGGAAAAGAACCGACGAAAACGCUAGUUCCACCGUGUCGGGGGGUGGAACCGGGGCUGGAUCUGAAAAUUGAUCCCAUCUCCACCGCCCCCUCCCCCCUCAUCCCUCCAUCUCGUCAACCCGAAUGAAAACAGACACCACACCAAUAUCUAGCAAGCUUGUACUCAAACCUUUUCUGAAACCAAAAAUCCGUCAUUAGAUAUUUAUCGCAAUGUCGUAUCCAAUAAUUAUUGCAACCCAGCUGUUCCACACGUUGAUGAUGUGUUUAUGUGCUUCCUCUAUUUGCCAACUCCCUGGUCUCGUGUGGCUUGGAACAAUUUCACUGCGAAAUGCCACUUCAGACCCUGUAGCUCAAAAGUCCAGGUCGACUUUUUCUUUACCUCCCCCCCCUCCCCCCUCCCCCCUCCCCUGGACCCCCAUCCGAAAAAAAGAAAGAAGCUGAAUCCCGAGACAAUUGAGGAAUUGUUAAAUUCAACACUCUACAUCGAAGGGAUCGGUGUAAACGAGUCAUUAAGAUGAGCUACUCAAUACUAUGUGAAAAAAUACACAAUCUGAAAGCGA